CUCAAUCUCGUGCAGACGUCCCGUUUGUCAGCCGAUCGAAUCGAUCGAGAAGCAUUAGAAGAGAGAAACCGAAAGCAACAACAUCAAAAAAAAAAAAAAAAGUAUUAACAAUUGCUCUAAUCUAUCGUGAAUCUCGUGGGGCAAAGAAAACGUUACCUUGUUUUCAGACAUUUGACGGCGUGUGUGUGUGUGUGUGUUUGCGAGUGUUGUGUAUAUGUGCGUGUGUGUAUUUGUGUGCGUGCGUACGAAACAGCUAUGGCUACCUAGUUGAUUUGCAUACGGAUUGUUUUGUUUUUUUCUUGUGUUUCGGUCCAACACGGGCUUCCCCUUUUUGGCGCCUAUUGUGUUUAUCCGUUUUGUUUGAGCCGUCACAUCAGUGCUCAUUUUUGUCGACAAAAUUGUGAACAAGUUGUCAGUCACACAAAAGUAAAGACGCCUGUUUUUGUUUGUGCCGAAAAACGCGCGUGUCUGCGUGUUUGUUUAGCUCUCUCUACCUGCGCCCAGCAGCCGACGUUUUUUUUUUUUUUGGUUUUUUGUUUGUCUUCUUUCUCUCUGAAAGAAACAGGUAGUGACGUUGUGAGAUCUAAAUUCAAACAUCCACGAGGGUCAUUUGUAACUUUUGAACUUGUUUGAAAAUUGUGUUUGUUUGUUCACUUCGAUUGGACACCCCCCCCCCCCCCCUCAGUCCGGCACGUUUUGAUGACGCAACGCGCGAUUUGGCUCUGAACAGCGAGUUGUGGCCGAUUGAUUAUGCAUCGAACUCAUGUUGAUGUCUUUGGCAAGAAUCGUCGAUGCAGCACGACCUGGCCGCUUAGGAGGAUGUCGCCAACGUAUCGAUGCUGCUCUUUGACGCCCACCGGAUUACUUUAUUGUCUUGUUGUCCUGCUUUUGCAUCGGCCAUCGUCAUCUGUCGCCAACGGCGUGAUGCGAUCUGCGCGCAUCACGGAGCACCCGACGGACAUGACGGUAGCUCGCAACGAUCCCGUGACGCUGAAAUGUUCCGCCGAAGGGAAUCCGGAACCGACGAUCGAAUGGUACCGGGACGGAGAGUUGAUCCUCAGCUCCAACGGCAACGGCAACGGCAACGGUCCCAAGAGCGCAGGCAACAGUCAUCGUGUGAUGCUUCCCGGUGGCGAUCUCUUCUUCUUCCGUGUGGUCCAAGGACGGAAGGAAAGCGACGCCGGCGUCUACUGGUGUUUAGCCCGAAACCAGCAAGGCUCGUCGCGAUCACGCAACGCUACGCUCACCGUCGCCUAUUUGCAUCCGGAAUUUCGAACGGUUCCGUUAGCCACACGCGGGAUUCUUGGCGAGCUGACGACGUUGGAGUGCGAGCCGCCUCGUGGUCAUCCCGAACCGCAGGUGCGCUGGAAAAAGAACGGACAACCGAUGGACCUUGCCGUUGGACAGCAUCGCGAUCACUCGGCCAGAAUUCGUAUGGACGAGAACGGUAACCUGAUCUUCGCCAAAUUGAUGGCGUCGGACGAGGGACGCUACCAGUGCUCAGCUCAAAAUGUGGUGGCAACGCGGGAGACUGUGGCUGUCCUGUUAUCGGUUCACGUUCGGCCGGUGAUCUUGCGUCCACCCCAGGACACAACGGCUCUACUAGGCGGUGACGUGACGCUCGAAUGCGGCGUGACGGGCGAUCCGCCGCCGCAGGUCGAGUGGCGCCGACAGGACGGAGCCAAAAUACCUACGGGUAGGAUACGGCCAGCGUCCAACGACCAAAGCCGAACUAGUUUGAGGCUCGAGCGUUUGGUGGCAUCCGACGCCGGUCGGUACGUUUGCGAGGUCGAGAACGCGGUCGGAUCCAGCUCGGCUUCAGCGCAACUCUCUAUAUUAAUUCCGCCCACAUGGAAUAGUAGCGCCGGAAUAAGCAGCAGCGGACAGGCCUUUUUGCCUCGUGAAGUUCGUGGCUUUUUGGAACAAAGCAUUUUCCUUGACUGCCCCGUUCACGGAUCGCCAUCGCCGCUGGUCUUUUGGCAGCGCGAAGGACAAGGACGCGACGGAGGGGUUUCGAACGUCGAACUCUUGACAUCCGACUCGACCGCUAACAACGGCAGAUGGAACGUGUUCCGCAAUGGAACGCUGGUAAUCAGCCGACUGCGGCGCGAAGACGCCGGCGGCCUGUGGUGCGGAGCCGUCAGCGAAGCGGGCGGCCUAGUGGCGCGGACUCGGUUGGAGAUCGUAACCGUCUCGGCACCCCCACCGCCCGUCAUCGAAGUCGGCCCGGCCAAUCAAACUCUGCCAUUGGGAUCACCUGCCUCGUUGGCCUGCAGCUCCACUGAACCCGGCAGCCAAAACUUACCCCUUCGAUGGUGGAAGGAUGGCGCCCCGCUGGCCUUGUCUGUCCGCAUGACGCAGUCCGGCGAGACCGGCACACUACGUAUCGAGGAUCUACAACCCUCCGACGCAGGAGUCUACACUUGCUGGAUUGGCGCCGGAGACAAAACCGCCGCCUGGACGGCAACCCUCAACGUGGCCAGUCAAACCAACCCCAACGUGGCAUUCUCCCGCAGUCCCAGCGAUCCCAUGGCGUUGCCCGGUUCUCCUUCUCAGCCGCGACUCCUCCACAAAUCGGCAAAUUCACUGACGGUCGGCUGGCAGAGCGGCUCCAGGAUGGGAGCGUCGCCUCUCUUGGGAUACACUGUCGAAAUAUUUAGCAGCGGCGAGUCUGAUUCGAAUCAAGACGUUGCGCACAGCUGGACGUGGGCUGGACCGACGGUCCCGAUCAAACGCAACUGGCGGAUAGUCACCCGUCGCCUGAAGGCCGACCAGCUCGUGUUGACAGACCUGCAACCAAGCACUUCAUACGCGGUGCUCGUCAGGGCUGAGAAUUCACACGGCCUCUCCCUUCCGAGUCCAGCUUCGCCUUGGUUUACUACUCUGCCGGCAGGUGGCUCUAGCGGUGGCAUUCAGGAUCUGGAGGAAGGCCGUCAACGUCUUUCAUCUUCUCUUGCCUGGCUCCGACUCGAACCCGUCCGUCCGCUCAACGCCACUGCUGUUCGGUUGAGCUGGCGAUGGCUAGAUGGCGCUGAUGGCAAUGAACCGGCGGAAUCGGCUUUCGAAGGGAUUCAUAUCUGGUACCGGCCCGUCCGCUACUCCGGCAGCGAAGAAGACGAGGGCCAUGACACAUCGUCAGCUUCGGCGCCGCCUACUUUCCGGAUGGUCACUGUGACCCAACCGGCCGUGUCCAGCGCAACGUACACGCUCACCAAUUUGCUACCGUCGACGCGCUACCUCUUCUUCCUGGUGCCGUUUUAUCGCAACGUAGACGGUCGCCCGUCCAACAGCCAAACUUUGAUGACGUUGGAAGCCGCGCCUGAAGGACCUCCGCGAGAUUUGAUAGUACGACAGUUGAAUUCCAGUAGCUGUUUAGUCAAAUGGACGGAGCCUUUACAUAACCAACGCAAUGGAGUCAUAACCGGAUAUCAAAUCUAUGUGUUUAUGGACGAUUCAGAAACUUUAUUGGCUAACAUGACGUUGCCGCCGACACCGACAUCGGUCAUCAUUGGCAACCUCGUCGCCGGAUCGUCUUACGCCAUCCGUGCAGCUGCGUGGACUUUGGCCGGCGUAGGACCCGCUUCAGAUCCAGCAUCGUUCAGCAUGGAAGUGCUUAGCUUCCAGCAACACCCGCAAGUCCCCGUCGUCCACGACGACUUGGAUAGCGAUAUCGACGAUGCCUACACCCAUUUUGACACCCGCGGCCGCCUAGCGCCCAGUGGCGGAGUGACAACCCAAGUGGUUAAGGAAACGUGGUUUAUUCUCGCCAUCGGCGGCGUCCUCCUGGCCACACUCUGCCUUCUUGUAGCUGCUUUGGUCAUCCGUCGUCGUUGGAUUCGCAACAAGGCCAUGUCCUCUGUUCAGAAAGUCGAAUUGGGAGGAGGAACCGACGGAAACCUACUCCACAGCGUCUGCAGCGGAAGUGGAGGCACGCGCGAUCUGCUCUGGUCGCGUGGAUGGCACUCGAGCACCAACGGUACCCACCACCAUUCACGUUCGGGAACUGUUACAACGUCGCAGAAGGAGGCAGAAUUGGAAGCCCAAACUUCGCUACUGCCCCAGCAGCCACAACAGUACGGCAGCAGCGGAAUAGCUCCACCAGAGUACGCCGAGCUACUCAACCAGCACAGCUCUCAGCAACAUCAAUCGGACCAGAGUCAACUGAGUCUCAGCUCCUUCCUUCCUCGUCGCAACAACAACAGCAUGAUGCUGAUGCAAGCUCAGAUGCAGGCCCCACCAUCUGCUUAUGCCACUACUACGUUGGUCAAUCCUUCAGCCAGGGGCCAACAGUUGCACGGCCCUUACUCCAGCAAGUCGUCUGGCGAUUCGAGCAGUGGCAGCUACAUCGUUGAUCAUCAGGAUCGCAACGGCUGCGGCAGUAGGAACAGCAACAACAACAGCCAUCACAGCCGCAAAAACAGCAACGGAUUUCUGUCCAACGGCGCUGGCCAUCAGCAGCAGCGGAUGCCCAACUGGGCAGAGCUGUUGCCUCCUCCACCGAGACAUCCGCCUCCGCCUAGUCCGGCACCGAACAGCGAUCGCUCCGCCUCCACUUCCAAAGAUGGGUCUCUACCACUUCCGACGUCUAUCAAACCUUCGUUGAAAUUCAAUUCUGCCAAUCCCAGUCCGGCGCUGUCGAAACGCAGCGCUCCGGUUGGAUCGACAUCGAGCACGUUCAAACCUCCAUCGCCGAUGUAUCACGGCGGUGUCGAUGAGGAAACGGCGUCCAACGGCAAUCGCAGUCAGAUGUCGCGCAACGCGCGGAACAAACUAACCAAAUCGCCGGGCCAGAGGUCUGCAGGAUGUCACGCGGAAAUGGAACAUGCACCGACGAAAGGAUAUGCAGAUUCCGGAUCGGAGCGUCAUUUCACUCAGGGCAGCUACACGGCGCCGAUGAAUUACCAGUCGAAUCCGUUGGAGAACAUCACGACCGAUUGGGACGAUGACGUCGAUGACUACAGCCGGAGCAUCAGCUGUGGCAACGGGGACGAUUACAGUCAGGGCGAUGACAGCCAUUCCGAUGGCGACGACGUGGCCUCUUCUGUUUACGACAACAGUCCCGUCGUGUACCGGCCACCUUGUGGGAAGCCGCCGUCGCAGGCGGCAGCACCUCUGCCUCGUCGGAAGCAAUUGACUUUGACUUGAUGCGGGUGCACUCCAUCCAUCCAGCCCCAUCCGGUCUACUAGUCAGCAUUUGCGAAAAAUUUUGCUACAAUAACAAAGUAUACCAGAGAAAUUGUUCGCCUCCCGUCCGAUGUGAUGGGACUACAUAUACAUUUGAAACUAUUUUUUUUCUUUUGAAAUCUAGUUGAUAUUAUCAAUUCGAUUGUCAGCCCCUCUCUCUCUUUUAUCAUUGUUCAGUUGCGUAACAGGAUAUGAUUGUGCUCGAAAAAAAAAAAUGCGGCGGAGUGAAAUAAUAAAUAAUGAAUAAAAGUAAAUAAUAAUAAUCAUAAAAUAGAAAAAAAAAACAUAUUGCAAAAUGCCGCUGGUCUGUGAUAAAUAACAUCAACAUUUGUUUUUUUUUUGUUCUUUCUCAAUUUCAUUUUUCAUGCGUCGUCUAUUUGCAUAUCGUUUUUCCCUUUGCAAGACAAUGUUUUAUACCUUCAACGGGGGCACUUGACCAGGAAGCUACUACCCCCCACCCCUCCCCCCGUUGUCUAUCUCCAUUUUGCGUUUUUGUAAGCAUCCCAGCCGAACUUCCUAAAACAACGGCGUCUAAGAAAAGACGGAAUAAAGUCCAUCGGCAUCCCAUUGGCCAUACAAGCACAGCACAUAUCUCACCCCCACAUUUUCAGCUCAUGCCCUCUCGAUAGGUUUACAUAGAAAACCCACUUCGCCACAUGAAUGUUUGUGUCAAAAAGUAAGUGUAUAUUUUCAUUGAUGAUUAUCGUUUUUUUUUUUUGUUUUGUUUUGCGCUGUGCAUACGUGUACAGUAAUGUUCCUGUGUUCAACUGGUUCCAAUCAUAAGUCUUACGUGUUUUACAUCAUUGGAUAUGGAUCUAUACGUUGAAUGUCGUACCGUUUGUUUUUUGUUUUUUUUCAUCACAAAACUACAAUGAAUGUAGUAUAUAUUAUAUAUAUUUGCAGUAUACCUGUAUUAUUUUCUUCCCUGUCUGAAUACCGUUUCAUUGUCACACGUAUUUCCUGCCAACGGAGAAUACAAAACUAUGGCCCCGAAA